CGCAUCUAACGAGUCCGUUUUUAUUUCCCUAGCGCGAGGGCACGAAACAGAACACCACUGACAAAGAGGAAAAAUAUCCCACACACACUCUCUCUGGUUCUCUCUAUAUCUCACUUGUUUGGCCUUUUGAACCCUAGCUCGAUCAACCGGCGAAUUAAAGAUUCCGUAGAUGAGCUUACGAUUGGGGAAGAGUUGAGGAUCAACCGGCCUGGAUUUCGUCACCGGAUGGAGGGAGGUAGCGUCUCUAGACUUACUUGUUCUGGCAUACACCCAUGGAUUAUGAUGACAAUGAUUUUCAAAGCCAGAAGCUUCACUUAGCUGGUGAAGGGAGAGAUAAAUUUCCUCCUGUUCUAAGGCCUUAUGCUCUUCCAAAGUUUGAUUUUGAUGACACUCUUCAUGGAACUUUAAGGUUUGACAGUUUAGUUGAAACAGAGGUUUUUCUGGGCAUUGAAAGUAACGAAGAUAGCCAGUGGAUUGAAGAUUUUUCCCGGGGUAGUAGUGGGAUACAGUUCAGUUCAGGUGCAACGGAAUCUUGCUCAAUUUCAAGGUGCAAUAAUGUAUGGUCUGAGGCUACUUCUUCGGAAUCUGUUGAAAUGUUAUUAAAAUCUGUUGGCCAGGAAGAACAUAUUCCUGCUCAAGUUAAUAUGAAGGAAUCGGAUUCCUGUGAUGAACUAGGUUGCAUGGUCAAGCAAAUGGAGCCGAGCUCAAAACAGGAGAGUAGUAUACCAGCUAGAAUGGUAGAUGUUACAAGUAUACAGCUGGGUGAACUUCCAGAAAAUCUUUCCAUGUUAAAUGAUGAUGGUGGCGAGCAGCAGCCUCAAGUUGGGGGUAGUUCACAGACUCCUCAAGGUAAUCCUUCUGUUGAUCAAGGUUUAGGUGACCUAACUGCUAUUAGUGUAGAGGUCAGGCUGCCUAUUGCCAAGGGGAGUCAGUUGAUUGAUGAUAAAUGUAAUGGUGUUAGUCAAAGGGAAGUUGAUGCUGUCAUUAAUGAAUCUUUAGAUAACAGGAAAGAAGAAGGUCCCGAUUCAGGGACUCAAAUUACUAAUGCAUUUGCUAAUGCAAAAAAUAACGUUACAGGAAAUGAUGAAUUGGUUAAUGAAGGUUCAUCAAAUCAUGUAAAUGAAACUGCUGAGGAAAAUCUAGAUGUUUCAGGAAGAGAUAAGGAUGAGCCUCAGGAGAAAGGGGGUGUAUUAUUAAGCCAAGGGGCUCAAAUAUAUGCUCAAGUUUUGAAUUCACAAAUGGCUGAAAGGGACUCUCCUCCUUGUAUGGCCUCAGUAGAAUCUAUGGAAGAAUCAAGUGCAACCAAGACUAGCAUGGGUAGUGUGCAAGAUCCUAAUGUAAUACCCAAGGGGGACUCUGGCUUAGAGAUGCAGUAUGUUCAUUCUGGAGUAGCUGCACCUGAAGUACCACCGGUGGUGGUUGAAGGAAAUGCUACAGUAGGAAGGCAUGAAGUUGAGAAGUCUAAUGGGUCCCACUUGGACACUAAGAACUUAAGUUGCAAGUCUGAGGCUUAUCUGUUGCCUAUUGAGGGCAAUGGAUGUUCUCAAAAUAAAGUGGAUAGAAGCAGUAGCUAUAGAGCUGUUAAUUCUAGUUUGCCUGAGGUUAGUUCUUCAGUUGAAUUUAUUAGUGAGACACAUGCUGAAGGCCAUGUUUCGCCAUCCACAACUGUUGAAUCCAUGCAAAUGGGUGAAGGAAAUGAGGUCUCCAGACAAUGUGAUGAUGAUAAAUGUGAUAAAGAUGUUCCUGUUAUUGAGCAAAAGGGGAGUGAGGAGUUGCCUUCUGAUGAUAAUGAUAGAAAUACAAUCAUUAAUAAAGGGAAUGGGGCCUCUUCUGGUGAAGGUAGCUUAGGAUAUGAGUUAAUAGUUUCUAAGCCUCAUUCAGAUACUGCUGGAAAUAAAUCAGCAUCAGAUUUUGCCUUUGAAAAAGGUACUAACAUGUCAUGUGAUACAGUGGAUGAUGUUCCAGUGUCUUCUGAGAAUUGCAUUACUACUGAUGGGGUUAUUGAUCAGAAGGAUGUUGAAGCAUCUGGUUUACCUGCAGUGUUUACUUACUCAGACAAAGAUGUUGGCAAGAUUUCUAAGGAAGCAAGUUUUUCUGAUCAUAAGGCAUCUAGUCAAGUGACAACUGGAGUAGAUCCUGUUUCUGAAUCUGAAAGGGGAUCUUCUGCUGCUGCUGAUCAGAUGCUGUGUGAGUCAGUUGCUCAUUCUCUAUCCAAAGUGGGUACUUGUAAUACAGAAAGCCAAACUGAACGUCAAGCAGUAGCGACCAAAAAAGUUGGGGAGGAGUGCACAAUGGAUAAAGAAGUGUGUCCAGCUCCUUGUGAUUCAACUACAAACAAGGGAUACAGCGUUGAAGCUCUAGUACAAGAAAAGGAUGACAAGAAAGCUAAAAAUGUUUCAGAAGCAACAGUAAACAAUGAGAUGCUUGGACCUGCGCCCUCAGCUAUAAAGGAGCCUUGCCAGGAUGGUAGUCAAAAAGAUCAGGAGGAAAACACUGUCACGGGAUCUGGAGAUUUGAGUUUUGAGCAGACUGCUGUUCCAAGCUCUAGCGUAGAACAUGAAAGUACUGCUGAUCUUGACAAGGCAGCUGGUGGUUCCCCUAUUGUCAUUAGUGCUAGUGAGUUUUCUCAUGACAAAAAUCAUGAGGAGCUCAAAAGAUUGUCAGACCAGAGUGUUUCAGUUUCUGAGGUAACUGAUGGUGAUGCCAUCAAAAUGCUGUCUGCUUCUAAGGAUCCAAAUCAAAAUGAUGCCUCUAAAGAUGAUAGUAGCUUUACUUUUGAGGUUACUCCACUGGUGGAUUUGCCUCAAAAAGAUGCCAAGAAAUGGCAGCCCUUUAUAGAAGCUGGCAAAGUAUCCCCGAUUGUGGAUGUAUGGACUUCAAGUUCUGGCUUAGGCCAAUUAGAUCCCAAGAUUGCUCAUGAUCUUUCUCAUGGAAGUUCAAAGGUGUCUGAUGUACCUGUCGCUCAUGGUGCUUCAAAAAGUAAUUCCAAAUGUAAAACAAGACGAGCUUCAGGUAAGGCAGCAGCAAAAGGAACUGCUAAAAAGGGAAGGCCUGUUAAAGUAACAUCUUCUGUGAUAUCAGAAAGAGAAGUCAAAACAAGCUGUAUUUCCCUGAGCCCAUCUGGUUCUUCUCAGCUUGUGCCUGGACAUGUUGACUCCAGUAAUUUAAGACCAUUUGUUCUUGCAACAUCAACUAGUCUGCCGGAUUUGAAUUCUUCAGUUUGUACAGCUUCAAUGUUUCAGCAACCUUUCACAGAUUUACAGCAAGUCCAAUUGCGUGCUCAGAUCUUUGUUUAUGGAGCUUUGAUUCAAGGGACACCACCGGAUGAGGCAUAUAUGAUAUCUGCAUUUGGAGGACCUGAUGGUGGUAGGGGCCUUUGGGAAAAUGCCUGGCAGUCAUGCUUAGAAAGGCUUCAUGGUCAGAAGUCUCAUUUCAUUACACCUGAGACACCCUUGCAAUCUCGUUCAGGUGCUAGAGCUCCCGAGCAAUCAAUUAAACAAGGUGGUCCCCAAAGUAAAGCAGUUCCUUCUCCUGUUGUUCGAGGCAGCAGCAAGAGUACUCCUACAAUUGUGAAUCCCAUUGUACCCCCCUCUUCACCACUUUGGGGUAUGCCUGCUCCUGGUGACCCUUUGCAAACAAGUGGCAUGGCAAGGGGUCCAGUUAUUGAUUAUCAGCUGGCACUUUCGCCUUUGCAUCCUCAUCGAGCUCCCGCUAUCAGGAAUUUUGUUGGGCACAGCCCUUCUUGGCUAUCUCAGUCUCCUUUUGGUGGCCCUUGGGUUGCUUCUCCACAUACUUCUACAUUUGACACAAGUGGUCGUUUUUCUGUGAAAGCCCCUGCUGCAGAAACUGUCCAAUUGACCUCUGGCAAAGAGUCAUCUGUCCCUCAUACUGCUGGUGCCAAGCCUAUUGGUCCCAUGCUUCAAAGUGGAGCGGCUGGAGCCCCUGCUAGUGUUUUUGCUGGGACUUCUUCUGUGCUUGAUGCAAAAGUAGCAACAUCAGCUAGUCAAACUUAUUCUGAUCUGAAGCCCAGAAAAAGAAAAAAGGCUUCAGUUUCUGAAAAUCCUAUGCAAAAGCUUUUGCCAUCUCAACCUCAUCUGGAACCAAUUAGUGCUUCUGUGGUGUCUAAUCCUGUGUCUACUUCCACUGCCAUCACAAAUCCAAUUGGCCUUAUUUCUAGAGACCCCCCUGGGAAAUUCUUUACAUCUUUAACUCCUGCAUCUUCUUCGGAUCUUAGGAAAUGUGGCCAGAAUGCAGAACCAAGGACAAUUUUUUCUGAUGAUACCCUUGGCCAGAUAAAGAAGGCUAGGCUGCAGGCAGAGGACGCUGCUGCUCUUGCUACUUCUGCUGUUAGUCAUAGCCAGGAAACAUGGGAACAGUUAGAUAAGCAUAGAUAUUCUGGGUUGUUACCUGAUGUGGAAACCAAACUAGCUUCUGCAGCUGUAGCAAUAGCAGCUGCUGCUGCUGUUGCAAAGGCAGCAGCUGCAGCUGCGAAGCUUGCAUCAAAUGCUGCAUUGCAAGCUAAACUGAUGGCUGAAGAAGCAGUCAUUUCUGGUGGUCACCACAAACCAAGUCAAAUAAAUGUUAAUUCUCUUUCUGAUAGCAUGGAAAGUUUGGGUAAAGCCACUCCUGCAUCCAUUUUGAAGGGUGAUGAUGGAACAAACAGCUCCAGUUCAAUUCUUGUUGCUGCGAGGGAGGCUGCUAGAAAGAAGGUUGAAACUGCUAUGGCUGCAUCUAAACGAGCUGAAAAUAUGGAUGCCAUUGUAAAAGCUGCAGAGUUGGCAGCUGAAGCUGUGUCUCAAGCUGGUAAAAUAGUGGCUAUGGGUGAUCCUUUGCCAUUUAGCGAGCUUGUAACAGCUGGUCCAGUGGGUUAUUGGAAAGUAGCACAAGGAGCUCUUGAGCUGGUUUCUAAAUCAAAUGACAUUGGUAGAGAAAUUUUAGAUGUGGACAAUGUUGGAGGUCCAGAUACGUCUGUGAGGCAGCUAACAGAAGUUCCAUCAGAUAAGAAAGGAAAUCAGAUUACUAAACAUGGGAAGUCACAUAAUUUUGGAAACGUAUCUGGUGAGGACCAUGAGAGAUUGUUAGAUAUCACUGGCUCUGGUGCAAUCAUUGCAAAGGAUGCCAAAGGGCAAGGCUGCAAGCCUUCUGAUUUGGCCAAAACCAUAGGGGUGGUCCCUGAAUCUGAGAAUGGAUCCAGAUCUUCCAUUGUUCAGAAUGAGUAUGGAAAGGCAGAAACUCUAAAAGAGAAUAGCAUUAAGGAGAGCUCCAAUGUUGAGGUUUUCAAAGAUGGAGAUGGAUAUAGGGCAGCCUGGUUCCCAGCCAAAAUUUUGAGUUUAGAAGAUGGAAAGGUCUAUGUUAGUUAUACUGAGCUCACAUCAGGUGAAGGCUCGGAAAACCUAAGGGAGUGGGUGCCACUUGAAGGUGAAGGAGAUGAGGCACCCAAAAUACGUGUUGCUCGUCCUAAUACUGCCAUGCCAUUUGAAGGAACAAGGAAGAGAAGGAGAGCUGCCAUGGGGGACUAUAAUUGGUCUGUUGGUGAUAGAGUUGAUGCAUGGGUACAAGAUAGCUGGUGGGAGGGAGAAAUAACUGAAAAGAGCAAGAAAGAUGAGCCUAUGGUAACUGUCAAUUUUCCAGCUCAAGGAGAAACGAGAGCCUUUAAAGCAUGGGAACUUAGGCCUUCUCUUGUAUGGAAAGAUGGAGAAUGGAUUGAGAGGUCCAAUUCAGGAGAGAGUAAUCGCUCUUCUCAUGGGGGUGAUACCCCACAAGAGAAGCGACCAAGGUUGCAUGGCCCUGUCAUGGAAGCCAAGGGGAAGGAUAAGACUUCAAAAAGUACUGAUGCAAUGGAAUUUGAUGAAUCUGAUGAUCCAACAUUAAUAGAUUUAUCAGCUGAUGAAAAACUAUUCAAUAUUGGUAAGAGCAGUAGAGAUGGAAAUAGGCGUGAUGCACUGAAAAUGACUAGGACUGGGUUGCAGAAGGAUCGAUCUGGAGUAAUCUUUGGUGUACCCAAGCCUGGAAAGAAGAGGAAAUUUAUGGAAGUAAGCAAGCAUUAUGUUGCAGAUCAGAGUAGUCGAAUGAAUGAAGCCAAUGAUUCUGUCAAGUUUGUGAAACCUUUGGUACCUCAAGGAGCAGGAUUCCGGGGAUUGAAAACUACAAAAACUGAAUCAAAUGAAAGACGAGUAGCCGAUUCCAAGCCCAAGGUUGUUAAGUCUGGAAAACCACACACUGUUCCUGUUAGAACAGUUCCUCAGAAGGACAGCCUAUCAAGUAUUGCAAUUUCUGCCCCUGAUGAUAGUGCUGUGGCAGAUAAUACUACAAAGACCAAGGAUUCUGUAAACCAUGGUGAAAGCACUUUGGAAAAGCAGAACGUGAUGGCCUUCCAAUCAUUUUCUAGUACUGAUGGAGCGAUGGAGGGCCCGAUCUUAUUUUCUGCACUUGCUCAUCCAUCAGAUAACAUUUCCUCUAAGAUAAUGUCCAGCACAGAUGCUAUAUCUGAACGGAUGAGUAAAGGAAAACUUGCCCCUGCUGGUGGUAAGUCGAGUAAAAUUGAGGACACGGAUAUGCAUGGUUAUUCUACAAAAUCAACCUCCGAUUCUGUUGAGCCACGUAGAUCUAAUCGUAGAAUUCAGCCGACAUCAAGACUAUUAGAAGGGCUACAAAGCUCGUUGAUGGUCUCAAAAAUUCCAUCGCUGUCACAUGACAAAAGCCAUAAAAGCAGGAAUGCUUCUAAAGCAGGGAAUAACCAUGGUUGAAAGAUCCUGGAAAUGUUGAAUCAUAUUCAAAGAAGUUGGAUGGUCACUGGAACACACACACUAGUAGUUUGUGUAUAUUUAGAGGAGAUAGCUAGGAAUGGAAAUUCUUGCUCCCUUGGGUUUUAAUUAUAAGAUGUAGCUGGUAGAUGUUCAUAUCAGUUUAGUGUAUUCACAAUUAUGAUUUAGUCUUCGUAGGCUCUGGCCUUAAUAGGUUGUAUAUGGAAAUUCUCCAUGUAGUUACGGGUUGAUAUUGCAGGAAAAGCUCUUUCAGAUCAUUUGCUGGAAUUCGACUUUGUAAUCUGUCGUUCGUUUCACUGGUUCAAAGACUUCGAAUAAAUUUAUCUGGGAUAAUAAAUAGGCACCUGCAGUCUUCCUAUACGAAAAGCAAAUGAAAAUGUCUUCAACUAUUUUUAUUA